CAUGAUUGAGAAAUGAAGUACCCAGCUCACACCCCUCUUUACAGAGAAAAUCCAGAGAGAGAGAGAGAGAUGAAUCUCUGUGUUGCCACUCCAAAUGUGUAAGAUCUUAGUUUGCUACUUGUGAUUGAUCUGUGCUAAAAGAUGUUGGGUCGGUCUUCAAUAUCUUUAUCGCGUACCGGAAGUUUCCGACCGGAGAAUUUGGGCCAGAAUGCACUUGCAAUGAUUGGGAAUCUCUGUUUCACUCUCUUUGUACUUGGGGUAUUGAUCUUCACUAUAAUUGCUGCCACUUACGAACCCGAAGACCCUUUGUUUCACCCAUCCACCAAGAUGACUAAUUUCCUCACAUCCAAUACCAAUGCCACAUUUAUAUCGGAUAAUACUGUUGUUAAGACUGGUGAGGACUUUAUAGGCCUAAAUCAAACUGCUUUUGCGACCUUUAUAAAUGUUACUGAUGUCGAACCCGAGUUUGCGGAACUGAGUAUUGUUGAUUGUAAGGGGAAAAUGGAUGAACCCAUUGAUUGUGCUGACCAGGAUGUGUUUCAUUUGAUGAUGAAGGUUGCUAUUGAACUAUUUAAGGAUAUCCAUUUUUAUAGGUUUGGGAAGCCGGUGAGGGGUUAUAAUGAUAGUUCUUGCCACAUGGCUUGGAGGUUUAGGCCUAAGGAAGGGAAGGCUGCGGCUUUUUAUAAGGAUUAUAGGAGUUUUGUGAUUUCAAGGUCGGAGAAUUGUACGCUUAGUGUGGUUGGGAUUGGGGAUUAUCAUUCGGGUGGGAAUGCAAGGAAGAAGAAGAAGAAUCAGAAAGCGGAUUUUGAGAAGGUACCAAAGAAGGAUACAGAGACCAUUGCUCUGCCUGUUGUUGGGGAAGCUGUAAAUGAUUCACUCCCUGUGGUGGAAUCUGAGGGGUCAUUUAGUCGUGGAAAGUACUUGAUUUACUCUGGUGGUGGGGAGAAAUGCAAAAGCAUGGAUCAUUAUUUGUGGAGUUUCAUGUGUGCUUUGGGUGAGGCUCAGUAUCUCAAUAGGACACUGGUUAUGGAUUUGAGUAUCUGUUUGUCUUCAAUUUACACUUCGUCUGGACAAGAUGAAGAAGGUAAGGAUUUCAGGUUUUACUUUGAUUUUGAGCAUUUGAGAGAGUCAGCAUCUGUGUUGGAUCAGAGUCAGUUUUGGUCGGAUUGGAGCAAAUGGCAGCGCAAAGAUGGAUUGAGUCUCAUUCUCGUGGAUGAUCUCAGUAUCACUCCGAUGAAGCUAGCUGAGACGAAGGACACUUUAAUCAUGAGGAAGUUUGGGGAUGUAGAGCCAGAUAAUUACUGGUACAGGGUGUGUGAAGGAGAGACAGAGUCUGUUGUUCAACGCCCAUGGCAUUUGAUAUGGAAGUCUAGACGGUUGAUGGACAUAGUGUCAGCAAUUUCAUCGAGGCUGAAUUGGGAUUUUGAUUCUGUUAAUAUUGUCAGAGGAGAGAAGGCAAGGAACAGGGAGCUAUGGCCUAAUCUUGCGACAGACACUUCACCUGAAGCUCUUCUUUCGACCUUGCGGGACAAAGUUGAAGAUGGGAGGAAUCUUUAUAUCGCCACAAAUGAGCCAGACACUUCUUUCUUUAAUCCCUUGAAAGACAAGUAUUCUACUCAUUUUCUCAAUGACUACAAAGAUCUUUGGGUUGAGAACAGCGAAUGGUAUACAGAGACAACAAAGCUGAACAAAGGGGCUCCUGUUGACUUUGAUGGUUACAUGAGGGUUUCAGUUGAUACAGAAGUGUUCUUGAGGGGGAAAAAGCAGAUCGAGACUUUCAAUGAUCUCACUAAAGACUGCAAGGAUGGUGUCAACACGUGCAGUUCGGCCAGCUAAUCCCCUAUCCACGAGGUUUUAAACUAUGCUGCUGCUACAUUUUAGAAAACACCAUACGUAUCUUUAGGUACUACUAUUUGUGUUGCUUUCGACAAUUUUUGGUUUUAAUCUGUAGUUUGGAGUCGAUGUAGUUUCUCCUGAGUCUUGUACUUUUUAUGGAAAAUGAUGAUUGUUUUACGCUUUUGUAUUGUGUCAAAGUAGUAGCUGAAGUUGGUGUUCUCUUUGGUUUCUCAUUUUACAAAUUACAUGUGGUGGAGAAGGAACUGGAAUGAUAGUCAUAUCUGCACUUUCCAAGUUUCUUCAAUCCUUGACCUUAAAGAUGAGCAAUACUCUCUCUCUCGUAACUAGGGGGGGUGGAAACAAUUUCCACAGGUAAAGAAAGAGAACAAAAUUGGCUCAGGUAUCAAUGGUGCAGGGAAGAUAUUCUCGAUUAUGUAAUAAAGAGCAAGUACUUGAUGUUAAUAGAAGUAUUUGUACUUAUGUGUUGUUUUCGGGUAUUUGUAGUCUUUUUUCUCUUUCUUUUCAUUCUGUUGAACUAUUGUUCAAUGAAAAACUGUAGAGUUUUUUUGUUCUCUUUGAAAUGUUAAAAGAGAAAGGG